AUGAAGGCUCCGUGGAAGCUCCAUGACAAGACCCCGAAAGAUUUGCUUGUGGAUAUCCUCCUGGAGAUUCCCUCGUUAUACGAAGGCAUUGAUGAACUAGAAGGUAAGGAGCGUUUUAACUUGGCCUUCCGCCAAGAGCUUCAAGAAGCCGCCCGUGGUGCCAUUACCCGCUUAUUGCAAUGGGCCGCAAAAUUUGGCAUCUCGGUGGAUCUCUCACGGCCAGAUUGGCAAUCCCCGAGAAGCUUCACAAAUGAUGAAAUAGCCAAUGUGCAUCUCAUGUCCUUUUACUGGGCUACACUUAUGAUCGCUCAUCAUUCCUAUCGGAUGAUAUCCCAUGAGGAGCCAAAUACCCUUGGUAUCGAUGUCGACAACUGUUGCCGCAAAAUCAUCCGCUGUAUCGCUUUAUUCGUGCAUCCCUCUACUGGUAUUUUCCGCCAGCACCUUAUGCCCUUUCCAGCCAUGACCGCAAUCCAACAUUUGAAUUCGGCACAUCCACUUACAUUGAAACCAGAACGUGAGUAUCUUCUGUCAAUUUCGACAAUGCCCGAGUUUGCAGGAAUGUGCAAAUUCAUGACAAGUCUGCAUCCAGAGCUAUUCGUGGGCUCUGGAGGUAUCAAAAUAGAACUUGAGAAAUAA